CGCGCUGACUGUGCUGCCGGCGGCGUUCGCGCCGGCCCGGGCGAGCGGCUGCGGCGGCGGCGAGGAGCGGGCGGCGGGGCAGCGGCUCCCUCACCGGGCGUUGCGGCCGCGCCACUGUCGGCCGGGGGCGCGGAGGGGGCGCAGCCCGCGACGUCCGCCCAGCUCUCCGGGGCCGUCGGGGGUCGGGCGGCGAUGGAACCCGGGCCCGCGGCGCCCUCCGCCGGCGCCCCGAGGCUGGCCGGGGCCGGGGCCGGGGAGACGCCGCCCGCCGCCGCCGCGCUGGCAGCCGCCGGGGUGGACCUGCCCGGCACGGCCGUGCCCUCGCUGCCGGAGGAUGCGGCCGCGGGCCGGGGCGGCGGCGGGGUGCGCGGGGAGGGCGCCGCGGCGGCCGGGGACGGGCUGGGCAGACCCCUGGGGCCCACCCCGAGCCAGAGCCGCUUCCAGGUGGACGUGGUUUCUGAGAGCGCCGGGCGGGCGGCCGCGGCCGCGGCUGCGGCGGCUGGAGCAGGAGCAGGAGCAGGAGCAGGAGCGGGGGGCAAGGAGACCCCGGCGGAAGGGAAAGCCGGCGGCGAGAGCGGGCCGGCCAAGGGCAGCGAAGAAGCCAAGGGUCGUUUCCGCGUGAACUUCGUGGACCCGGCUGCCUCCUCCUCGGCCGAGGAGAGCCUUUCCGACGCGGCGGGGGUCGCCGGCGACGGGCCCAACGUGAGCUUCCAGAACGGAGGGGACACGGUGCUGAGCGAGGGCAGCAGCCUGCACUCGGGCGGCGGCAGUGGGCACCACCAGCACCACUACUAUGACACCCACACCAACACUUACUACCUGCGCACCUUCGGCCACAACACCAUGGACGCGGUGCCCAGGAUCGACCACUACCGGCACACGGCAGCGCAGCUGGGCGAGAAGCUGCUGCGACCCAGCCUGGCCGAGCUCCACGACGAGCUGGAAAAGGAGCCUUUUGAGGAUGGCUUUGCUAAUGGGGAAGAAAGUACUCCAACCAGAGAUGCUGUGGUCACUUAUGCUGCAGAAAGUAAAGGAGUUGUGAAGUUUGGCUGGAUCAAGGGUGUAUUAGUACGUUGCAUGUUAAAUAUUUGGGGUGUGAUGCUCUUCAUUAGAUUGUCAUGGAUUGUAGGUCAAGCUGGAAUAGGUCUGUCAGUUCUUGUAAUAGCAAUGGCCACUGUCGUGACAACUAUCACUGGAUUGUCUACUUCAGCAAUAGCUACAAAUGGAUUUGUACGAGGAGGAGGAGCAUAUUAUUUAAUAUCUAGAAGUCUAGGGCCAGAAUUUGGUGGUGCAAUUGGCCUUAUCUUCGCUUUUGCCAAUGCUGUUGCAGUUGCUAUGUAUGUGGUUGGAUUUGCAGAAACUGUGGUGGAGUUGCUUAAGGAACAUUCCAUUCUUAUGAUUGAUGAAAUCAAUGAUAUUCGAAUUAUUGGAGCCAUUACAGUGGUGGUCCUUUUAGGGAUCUCAGUAGCUGGAAUGGAAUGGGAGGCAAAAGCUCAGAUUGUUCUUUUGGUGAUUCUACUAUUAGCUAUUGCUGAUUUCAUCAUAGGAACAUUUAUCCCACUGGAGAGCAAGAAACCCAAAGGUUUCUUUAGUUAUAAAUCUGAAAUAUUUAAUGAGAACUUUGGACCAGAUUUUCGAGAUGAGGAGACUUUCUUUUCUGUAUUUGCUAUCUUUUUUCCUGCUGCAACUGGUAUCCUGGCUGGAGCAAAUAUAUCUGGUGAUCUUGCAGAUCCUCAGUCAGCCAUACCCAAAGGAACACUCUUAGCCAUUUUUAUCACUACGGUGGUUUACAUAGGAAUUGCAGUAUCUGUAGGUUCUUGUGUUGUUCGAGAUGCCACUGGGAACGUUAAUGACACUAUAGUAACAGAGCUAACAAACUGCACUUCUGCAGCCUGCAAAUUAAACUUUGACUUUUCCUACUGUGAGAGCAAUCCUUGUUCUUUUGGCCUAAUGAACAACUUUCAGGUAAUGAGCAUGGUGUCAGGAUUUGCACCUUUGAUUUCUGCAGGUAUCUUUUCAGCCACUCUUUCUUCUGCACUAGCAUCCCUUGUGAGUGCCCCCAAAAUAUUUCAGGCUCUAUGUAAGGACAACAUCUACCCAGCUUUCCAGAUGUUUGCUAAAGGUUAUGGGAAAAACAACGAACCUCUUCGUGGCUACAUCUUAACAUUCUUAAUUGCACUUGGAUUCAUCUUAAUUGCUGAACUGAAUGUUAUUGCUCCAAUUAUCUCUAACUUCUUCCUUGCAUCAUAUGCUUUGAUCAAUUUUUCAGUGUUCCACGCAUCCCUUGCAAAAUCUCCAGGAUGGCGUCCUGCAUUCAAAUACUACAACAUGUGGAUCUCUCUUAUCGGAGCAAUACUUUGCUGCAUAGUGAUGUUUGUCAUUAACUGGUGGGCUGCAUUGCUAACAUAUGUAAUAGUCCUUGGACUGUAUAUAUAUGUUACCUAUAAAAAACCAGAUGUGAACUGGGGAUCUUCUACACAAGCCCUGACUUACCUGAGUGCACUACAGCACUCGAUUCGUCUGUCUGGAGUAGAAGACCAUGUGAAAAACUUUAGGCCCCAGUGUCUUGUUAUGACUGGUGCUCCAAACUCACGUCCAGCUUUACUUCAUCUUGUUCAUGAUUUCACAAAAAAUGUUGGUUUAAUGAUCUGUGGUCAUAUACAUAUGGGUCCUCGAAGACAAGCCAUGAAAGAGAUGUCCAUUGAUCAAGCCAAGUAUCAGCGAUGGCUUAUUAAAAACAAAAUGAAGGGUUUUUAUGCCCCAGUACAUGCAGAUGACUUGAGAGAAGGUGCACAGCAUUUGAUGCAGGCUGCUGGUCUUGGGCGUAUGAAACCAAACACACUUGUCCUUGGAUUUAAGAAAGAUUGGUUGCAAGCAGAUAUGAGAGAUGUAGAUAUGUAUAUAAACUUAUUUCAUGAUGCCUUUGACAUACAAUAUGGAGUUGUGGUAAUUCGCCUAAAAGAGGGUCUGGAUAUAUCUCAUCUUCAAGGACAAGAAGAAUUAUUGUCAUCACAAGAGAAAUCUCCUGGUGUCAAGGAUGUGGUACUUAGUAUGGAGUAUAGUAAAAAAUCAGAUUUAGAUACUUCCAGAACAUCUGGUGAAAAAACCAUUACACAUAAAGAUGAGGAAGAGGAUGGCAAGACUCCAACUCAACCACUGUUGAAAAAAGAAUCCAAAGGCCCUGCCGUGCCUUUAAAUGUAGCUGAUCAAAAACUUCUUGAAGCUAGUACACAGUUUAAGAAAAAACAAGGAAAGAAUACUAUAGAUGUCUGGUGGCUUUUUGAUGAUGGAGGUCUGACCUUAUUGAUACCUUAUCUUCUGACUACCAAGAAAAAAUGGAAAGACUGUAAGAUCAGAGUUUUCAUUGGUGGAAAAAUCAACAGAAUAGACCAUGACAGGAGAGCGAUGGCAACUUUGCUUAGCAAGUUCCGGAUAGACUUCUCAGAUAUCAUGGUCCUAGGAGAUAUUAAUACUAAACCAAAGAAAGAAAAUAUUGUAGCUUUUGAUGAAAUGAUUGAGCCAUACAGACUUCAUGAAGAUGAUAAAGAACAAGAUAUUGCAGAUAAAAUGAAAGAAGAUGAGCCAUGGCGAAUAACUGAUAAUGAGCUUGAACUGUAUAAGACCAAGACAUACCGACAGAUCAGGCUAAAUGAAUUAUUAAAGGAACAUUCAAGCACAGCUAAUAUUAUCGUCAUGAGCCUCCCAGUUGCACGAAAAGGUGCUGUGUCUAGUGCCCUCUACAUGGCAUGGUUAGAAGCUCUAUCUAAGGACCUACCACCAAUUCUCCUAGUCCGUGGGAAUCAUCAGAGUGUCCUUACCUUCUAUUCUUAAAUGUUCUGCACAGUGGACAGCCCUCCAGACGGUACUUCAGUGCCUAGUGAAGUAACUGAAAUCUUCAAUGACAUGUUAACAUCACAAUGGCGAACUGUGACUUUACUUUCACUAUUUCAUUAAUUUGAAAGCACACAGGGAAGCUGCUCCAUUGAUACAUGUAUGGAGACUUCAAUUUUAGUCAAUUCCUUAUCUCAGUCUUACUGAAUGAUGUUUCCUUGGACUAGAGCUCAUGGAAGUAAAGUUUUUCUUUGCUACUUGAACAGCAAUAAAAGUGUGUUAUUUUCGAUUGAUGAAAGGAGUACAAAAAGCCUUUAGCCUUGAGGUGCCUUGUGAAAUUAACCAAAUUUCAUCCAUAUAUCCUCUUUUAUAAAUUUAUAGAAUGUUAAACUUCGCCUUCAGCUAUCUUUAUUUCUAGUUUCUUCCAUUUUUAAAAAAAAUGUACACUGCUGUUCUUCUUCCAUUGACCAAUUAGUGUUGAGUACUAUAUGUUUUCUAUUACUUUUGUAAAGGUUAUCUGUCAGAUAUUAAAGGUGAGAAUUAGGGCAAGUUAAUGAAAAACGGGGGGGAUAAAAAGGAAGCCAAAAGUGACUCCAAGGUUAGGUUUGUUUGAGUAUGUAUAAAUGUAGACCUCGGGGGGAAAAGGUCUAAUAAACCUUUUUUUUUUUUUUAACUUCUGAUUGGCUAUUUGUACCUUUAUUUUUUUUUUUAAACCUUAGGGAAGGUUGAAGAUUCAUUCAGUACUUCUAUAUACCAUCCUGAAAAAUUACAUAUUGUCAUUCUUUGAAAAAAAUUCUCAAGAUCAUUUGUAUUUAUUAGAAAAGAAAUCUUAAGAGUUUCCUUAAAUAUAAGGAACUUUUAAGAAUUACUAAAAGAUUUUUCUGGAGGAAAAUUAGAUAUAGCAAUGUCAUUUCAUAGACAAUUUCAAUACACACUAUUGGAAUUUCACUACACUGUACAUCUUUUAUAAACCAUUAAAAUGUUUAAUGUUUCAUCAAAUGGUUAAAUGGACCACUCGUUUUUUAGUGAAAUGUUUUUAGGCCUAAUUCAUUCAAUUGUCAAUACUUAGUCUUAAUAUACUCAGGUUUGAACAGAUUGUUCUGAAUAUUUAAAUUUAAUCCAUUCUUAAUACUUUAAACCUUUUGUGUUAAGAAAAACUGCCAGUUUGUGCUUUGGAAAUGUCUGUUUUGACAUCAUAGUCUACUAGAACAAUUUUGACAGUGCAUAUGUACUGUUAACUAAAGCUUUAUAUACAAUUAUUAAUGUGAAGUUUUCAUUUUUUAAUUCAAGGAAGGAUUUCCUAAAAACAUUUCAAGGGAUAUAUGUCUACAUAUCUGUAUGUGUGUGUGUGUAUAGUCUAUGCAUACACAGAUGCAUAUGUGUAUAUAUAAAGGCAUUUAUGUUGCUGGUUAUUUGCAUUUUAAGGUGAUCAAGACUCAUUAGAUUAAAAUAUUUUUGUUUUAGUAAUAAGUUCAAAAUUAGAUUGAAAGGUACAAGUUGCAUGGAGAAUUAAAGUGAUCAUUUGAAAGGCAUAUAACUUCACGGCUUUCAGUUAGAAAACGGGGAAAACAUUUCAUCUAAAGUACUGCUCAGUGGGUUCAUGGAUAUAAUUUCAGUGGUAGGAAUUUAUGCAGGUUUCAGGAAUCGAUAGAAAUCUAUAGAAUUACUACUGUUAACUGCAGUGUUUUUGCUGCAUGAGUGUGAACUAAUAAUAUAAAAAUAGAGAUCUAAUUUUGAAUUCAGAAUAAGAAAAUGAAGUAAUCACUUUUCAAAAACUUUUUUCCUUCAUUAUAACUCACAGCAUUGUUUCAUUUAUUGAAGGUUUUAUAGUGUUUGGGGGGAAAGACAGUAGAAAAUGUCAUAUUAUUCAGUGAACAAUAUCAUGUUUGAACUUUUCUUUAAUGGAUAAUAGGGCAUGAACUGAGUGCUGCUAUUUUGAAAUGUGCACAGGUACACUUAUUUUUUUUAAGAUUUUCCCAUUCAGGAAAACAUUGUGAUCUGUACUACAGGAACCAAAUGUCAUGCAUCAUACAUGUGUGUAUAGAGUACAUAAAAUAUAUCUAAAUAUGCAUAAUGGGGGGAGGGUAAUAUUGUCUGAAAUAAUGUAAGAUGCUUUCUCUUUAAAAAAUGCAUUACUUUCACUUAACACUAUACACGAGGUCAAAAUUUUCAAGGUUUUAGUGCUCUAAUAAAUUUCAACAGUUAAUUCUAGAAAUGCGAGCUAGUAUUGAAGCUGUUAUUUAUGCAAAUUUGAUUAUUUUAAUGCCAAUUUUUUUUUUUAGUUCAUUGUUGAUAAUUUAGAAAUAAUUAUACAAUGGCAUUUGACAGUUCACUAUUCCUAUAGGUAAAAAAAUUAAAUGGGUUUAGAGAGAAUGAUGGUGUUAAGUUGAUUAACAGUUAAUUAAAUCAAAUAUUUAUUUGUUACAUUAUUUCGUUUGUAUUUUAGGUUUCUUUUACGUUCUUUUUAUAUGCUUUCUGACAUUACAUAUUUUUAAAGCUAUGGAAAUAAUUUAAAGAUUUGAACUCUGGUGGAUUUUAUCUACUAAGUUUGAAAAUGUAAUAUUUUGAUAAUGUUAUACUGUAACUGUCACACAAAUGCUUUUCUAAUGUUUUAACACUGAGUAUUGCAGUUGCUGCUUUGUACAAAGGUUACUGCAAUAAAAGUGGAUUCAUUAAAACUAAAGUUAACAUGUACUCAGUAUUUUAUCUUACAAAUCUGUAUCUGUUUUGUGAUUUUACUUCAUUUUUUUUUAGUUUAAAAUUUGUGUCUUGGAAAAGUUGUCUGAAACUGUUUACUAUCCCUAAGCUUUGGAGUAACAACUACUGAUACUGAGUGUGAUUGAGCCAUAUAAGCUGUAGCACUCUUUUUUAAGUGAUUUAGCUUUUCUCAUUCUGUUUUGUAUUUGGGCCAAAUCAGUGAAGAGACUACAAGAUCAGAAUGAGUCAUAGUUCCUGAAUAGAAUCUUGAUUCUUUUUUUCCUUAAGAGUUUUGUCUAAGCUGAUUUACAAUUUAACAAGGAAUUUUCUCAUUUGAACACUGUAGUAAGUGUGUUAUAUAUGCAGGACAGCUGAAAAAGCAGGUUAGAAGAUUGUAGGGAAGUUCACAAGUUCCUGUGGUAAAUCAAUGAAGGAUGUUGGCUAAGUGCCCAGGUCUUUCCAGGGAUCACUAUUAAAUAUUCGCUGUUGCCUGAUCAUAACUGAAGAGGGUAGGAUAUAUUGCUCGUUUCCAAACUACCCAGGAAGUAUAUGCUCAGGUAAUACAAGUUACAGUUACAAAUAUAGAUUGGCUACCUUAAUCUGAAACAAAAUGUGUCUAUGCUUCUUGCUUAUUCUCCAAAAAACUAAUGAGGCCAGAUUACUCUCUUAAUUUGGAAAAUGGAGAAUUCAAAGAUAACUUGAAUUUGGCAUUUCCUAAUAUCAGAGCAUCCAACGGUUUUCAAAACUGUAAUGUUAAAUUAAAAAGAAACUGAAAUGUAAUUCAUCUUCAAGCCAAUGGACUUUUUUGUUCAUACACCAGGAAUAAAAGAUGCAUUUGAUAGACCUUUUUUUUGUCUUUAUGUUAAAAUAUCAACAGGAUGUUUGUAGGGUUACAGGAUAUAGGUGAAGUUUAACUGAGUAAAGAUGGCAGAAGUCCCAGUGUACACUCAUCAGCAAGUACUGCUUAGUUCACCUAGUUCAAUUUGACUUCUGUUGCUCUUUAUAGAAUAUGAAGGCAAUAGUCAUGGAACUGCUUUACAUGUGACAAAGCUAUUAAAAUGAUACAAUGGUCAGACGUUUAUUUCCCCUCCCCUUGAAUUAACCAUUGAAUGUUGUGUGACACAAGGUAAAAUAAAUUAUUGUUUUAGGGAAAACAUGAAGGCCUCUGAAUUUGU